AUGGUCUCCGAGCGGUACCGAGCGGCACCCCGUGCUUGUCUUCAUCCGUGUGGAUGUGGGUCAUGUGUCAAUGUCAGCCCAGAGCUGUGCGGAGGUGGAUAUGUCGUUGGGUUAGCAGUGUGCGCUGCUCAACGGUAUGUGCCUGUCUUCACCGGCCCAAGCGAGGCGAGCCUUGCACCGGCCAUGUUCCGAGAGGCACCGACCUCUGGGACCGAGAUUGGUGAUGUGGAUAGUAGUAUUGGUGAUACAGAGGCCGGGGUUUCAAGGUCAUGUGGAUCAGUGGCGGUUGCUUUUGGUAUUUUUGUUAUCUCCUUCCGUCCCGUCCUUCCGUUUGCCGUGCGGUUCAUUCCGAGGGUGUACAUGUCGGUCAAGUGGAGUGUGCUUGCGGAAAUUCCUUUCCCGCACUACCUCGCGGUGCUGGAAGGUUCGCACGCUGGAAGGGGUCCGCUGCAGUCACAGAUCGACCGCGGCGAGUUCGGUGUGUACCUCGCCGCGCGCUCUCGUUUGCGCGAGCCGGCGGCCCAACCCCCGCCCCCGGGUACGCUUCCACCACCCCAACCCGUCCCCACCCUCCGGCCGUACAGGCGCGAUCCUGCGCCGUAUGCCAUUGUCAGCCCCCCAUUUGGCACCGCCCAUGUGGCCGAACCCGCUACUCGUCCUCCCCUGAGGAGCGGUGUGGCCGUCAUGAGGCCAGCCGCCAUCAUCACCCCUUCCCCAUCCCCAGCCCCUUCGCGGCCGGUGCCACUGCGCCCGUUCCCAGCGGCCGGUGCUCUUGGUCGAGUCCAGACCUACAUAGACAGCCGCUACAGCAACAUCAAGGCGGCGACGGCGUCGAGCUCGACUGAUGUCGUUGCCGCGCCUGCCUCGGCAGCCACAGGCGCCAACACCACCGCCAACCCCAAACGCCUUCAAGGAACUCAGCUCAUCACUGCGAAGCGUGUGAUCGCCCAGCUCACCGGCCCGGGACGGCCAGCGAGGGUGCGGGGAUCGCGUGUCUGCCUCUUCGGCGGCACGAAGCGCGGCGCGGGUCGCCUCGAUCUCCCUACCUCGUUCGUCGCCAAGCUCGACGAGCGUCUUGAUGCUUUCUACCGGCGCAACCGCACCUCCUGCGCUACGCACGAAGUCCUCUGGACUGUCCAGGGCGACCUGACACCUCAGUCGGUCACUUUGACCGCCACAGUUGUUAGCAGGGCACUGUGCUCGGGGUGUUCGGAGUCAGGGUCAGACUCCGAACACGUUUUGCCCGUUGCCCGAACAUGUUUCUUCUUCUCUCUCGCCGACUUCCCCAAGCCAAAACAGUUCAAAAACAGGGUCAAGACCUUGGCCAUGUACCAGCGCGCAGCCAACGUUGACUAG